AUGUUAGCUUUAGCGAAUAACACCGUUUGGUGCGACUCGUUGUGGGAUAUUGACGAUUUCAGUGUCUGUGGACGGCAGCUGUUUCUAGAACUGUGGCUCGUCCUCCCGCUGGGAAUUAGUAUUCUGUUGGUUGCCAGUAAUUUUCUCUUUGUGAGGACUGGUACCGAUAAUUACGAUGCCAGCUCAAAAUUGGACGCCGAGCAACAGCCGCUGUUGGGAAGUCAUCUGCGGAAAUACAGUUCCGUGAAAGAAGAUACAGACAUUUCACCUUUGAAAAGACAUUUCGAUAUCUCGUUAAUCCAGCCCGUCGAGCAAGAUGGCACCAUCAAGUUUGUUUUCCGGGGUUUUGGCGAAAAACUAAGCGUGGCUUUGGAGUUUCUACUUUUGCUCGUGCAAACCGGGUUCACCAUCGUCGCGUUGCCAGAAGUCGAACCAUACACAGACUCUCCUUAUUGGUUUGCUAAAUAUGUCAGUCCCACCCUCUGGGUCUACCUGACUCUGAUCACCGUGAUUAGACUUUAUAACGUGUCUCAAGGUCUGGCACCAGAGAGAAUCGACUUGUGGACCCAGUCGUCCAUCUUAUACAAUGCGCAAUGGUUCUGUUCCGCAAUGUUCUUCCGGUCGGCCCUUUUGGAUCAUGCUCCAUCCGCGUUGGCAGCAAACUACUUCUACACUCAAUUCGGUAUUAACACGGCCUUGGUCUUCAUCAACGGCUUCCAAAAGUUCUCGGAUAAACCUGCUCCUGUGUAUGAGAAGGACGGCAUUCCUCCCUCGCCAGAGACAACCUCCACUUUGUUCAACAUCGUUACCUACUCGUGGAUCGAUAAGAUGGUGUUCAAGGCCUAUGCCAAACCAAUCACUUUGAACGAAAUUUGGGGCUUGAGACUCGACGACACGUCUCACGUGGUUCUUUCCAAAUUCCACCAGCUCAACUCGAAAACCAGAUUCACGAUCCGGUUGCUUUUGCAAUUCAAAGAGCCGCUUUUUUUGCAAUCUGUCUACGCGUGCGAACAUCAUCCACAAGCAUGGCUUGGCUCUGGGUGA